AUGGCAUACCAACAGCCCCAGUAUGCCUCUCACCCUGGUGGUACUCCACAGUUUUAUUCGCAAGGACCACAGCAGCCGCCGCAGCACAAUGGGUUUGCACCACAAAAUCAAGGUAGAUUCAUUUCAAGUAAUUUGUACAUUUUAUAGAAUUUUAGAAAAUUGUUUUUAUAGUGUUUGGAGUGGUAUUAAUUUUUAGUUCUAAAUUAAUUGGAAACAACUUUUUUUUUGCUGAUCUUUCACUUCAAUUUUUUGGAUAAACUUUUCUGGAAACUACAGCUAGGCAAUUUGAGAAUUUUCGCUGAUUCAAUGCGCAUUUUGAUUGGAUAGAGUUCUUUUUUUCUUCUUUUUCCUAUUUUCUUCUGGGUCGGCUGUUUCAUUCUGUAGAGUAGUUUCUGAAGAUUACAAACUUCUUGAGAUUCCGCAUAGAAAAAGGAGCGAAAAUGUUGGAAUCGAAUGUUUUUUAAGUUUGGCUCUUUCGAAAGUAACUUUUGAAUCAUUGUCGAAAUUUAAGGAUCUUUUUUUAGUUUCUCAACUGAGCACAGUUUCUGCACCCUGUGUUGUGAUUGCCAUUCAUUUAAUGCCAAAAACAAAACGGAAUUUGCAGGUCAACCUCCGAUGCCAGGCGGAUAUCCAGGCUUCCCGUCACAGCCAGGACAGCAGCCGCCGCAAGCUGUUCAGAACGGCUUUCCAAGCCAUCAGCCGCCGGUUCCAAAUGGCAACGGCUAUCCGCCGCAACUCCAGCAGAAUUCGUACGGUCAACCGCCGGCGCAAGGCUUUGCUCCAGGACCAGUUAAGCCAUUAGCCUCAGCACCACAAAUACCCGCUCCAACGCCCGGUUUUUCCAAAGUUCCAGCGCCAUCUCCAUUCCCAGGACAGUCUCAACCUCAAUAUGGAGCUCCACAAGUCCCAACGAAUCCUUCACCUUCGCCGUAUCCUCAAGCGCAGUCGUACGGAGCUGCAGCACCUUCUGCACAACCUCCGCAAAAUACUCAGCCUGGACCUCCUUCUGGCUUCCCACCAGGUCCUUCGUUCACUCCGCAACCACCUUCUGUGCCUCAAACGCCUGAUGUCGGACAAAAUCCACCCCGAUUGUCAGCGCCGUCACUUUCAGGACCUCAGCAAGGAGCUAUCAAUCAAGCAGGCCAGUAUGGUGCGCCAUCAGGUUUUCCACCUGGUCCAGCUACUUCAAACGGUCCCACUGCUCCGAGCGGCUUUCCUCCUGGUCCUGCAUCUUCAAGUGAUUUACCGCACGGCCCUGCUGCUUCUAACGGAUUUCCUCCUAAUCAACCAGCUCCUAGCAGCUUCACGCCUGGUCCAGCUCCUCCCAAUGGUCCUACGGCUCCAGUCGGCUUUGCUCCGGGUCCUACACCUCCCAGUGGUUUUCCGCCAAGUUCUCAAGCUCCUUCCGUUUUCACUCCUGGUCCUCAAGGUCCGACCGGCUAUCCACCUGGGCCAGGUGCUCCUGGAGGCUUUCCACCAGGUCCUCAAGCUCCAAGUGGCUUUCCGCCAGGCCCUCAAGUUCCUAGCGGCUUUCCGCCUGGUCCUCAAGCCCCAAGCGGCUUUCCACCUGGUCCUCAAGCCCCAAGCGGCUUUCCAUCUGGUCCUCAAGCUCCAAGCGGAUUUCCUCCCGGUCCUCAAGCUCCAGGUGGCUAUCCUGGUUCUCAAGCACCUGCAGGUUUUCCUCCUGGUCCUCAGGCUCCUGGCGGCUUUCCUUCUGGUCCAGGCUUUCCACCGGGUCCCGGAGGUUUUGCUCCAGGCCCAGGCCAACCUGGCGCAGCUCCCGGUUAUCCUGGACCGCCGCAACAACAACGAGCGCCACAGCGUCUUGAUCCUAAUCUGAUGCCAAGCGCUGUUAGUUUUUUCUCACUGGAAUUUAAAUAUCUUUCGAUUUCUAGGUUCAAGUUAUUGAAGACGAUCGAGUGAGAGAAGGACUCUUCCCGACCGGAUAUCCUCAUGCCGAGCCGCCACCGCUCGUUUCCACUCAGAUUUUCUCCCAGGAUCAAGGUCAGUUCCGAAAUAAAGUUCUUUCAGUUUGAGUUUACUGCAAUAAUUAAGUUUUACCGCCUUUUUUUGUCCUCGUUGUUCAAAAAAUGAAUUUUUAGUCAUAUGUCGGCUUUCAGUAUUUUAGUUCUUACUCACAUGGUAUUCCCCACAUUUGAAACAAUUUUUCGAUUCAGAUUUUCAACGAUUUGAAAAACUUUGAACUUGCUUCUGAGCCGUAAAAGUUUUUUUUUUUUUAGGAAAUUGCAAUCCGAAGUUCAUGCGAUCGACCAUGUACAUUGCUCCACAGACGAACGACCUUCUGAAAACCUCCCAAAUUCCGUUCGCCUUGUCGAUUGCUCCUUUCGCCGCCUUGACCGAGAAUGAGGUAUUUAUCAUCUGAUAAAAGUAUUCCUUGUUUUUUCCCUUUUUUAGAGCUUUUUAAAUGUUAGUUUUCCAGCGACCUCCUCCAGUUGUGGACCUCGGCCCGCAAGGUCCGAUCCGUUGCCAACGCUGCAAGGCCUACAUUUGUCCUUUCAUGGAGUUCCAAGACGGUGGCAGAAGAUUCCGAUGCCCGUUUUGCCAUGCCAGUACUCCUGGUGAGUUUUAAUUUUCAACCUCCAAUUCUUAAGGAACUCGAUUUUUAUUGCUUUUUUUCAGUGGAAGACUCCUACUUUGCUCAUUUGGAUCAUACCGGAAGACGGACGGACAUCGAAAUGCGACCUGAACUUUUCCUUGGAGCCUAUGAGUUUGUCGCCACGAAGCAGUAUUGCAAGGUUUUUAUCCAUUUUCAGAAGUUUUUUGAAUGGAAAAUGUUCAGAAUGGCCUGCCGCCCAAAGAACCGGCCUUCAUUUUCAUGGUCGACGUCUCCUACAACGCCAUGUCUUGUGGCCUCGUCCAGAUUUUGUGUCAGAACCUUGAGAGGAUCCUCCAGGCCUUGCCAAAGUACGAUUUUUUUCGAAUUAAAAAAAUAAUCCUAUUUUAAAAAAUCGGCAUAGUUCGUUUGGCUGUUCAGUAGCAGUUUUUUCCAGUUUGUAUUUUGAAAAUUUAUUCAUAAUUUUUUUGCUUCUGUAGAAGUUUUUUUCUUUUUCUGUUGGGGAGAGGAAGGAAUUUUCUAAGAAAAGAUGCGAAAGAGAAAAUUUGUUCGAAAUUUGCCAAUAAUAUCAUUACCUUGGAAACUACGAAUAACGUCACCUAGACCAGUUUUCAUAAGAACUGAACUGAUUCAUGCUUAUUUCAGAGAACUCGGACAGCCGGAAUCGUCGAUUCGGAUCGGUCUAGCCACUUUUGACCAGGUCAUCCACUUCUUUGAUCUUUCUUCCGCCCAACCAAAAAUGCUGGUUAUGAGUAAGACCAUUACCGAUUUUUUCUCAUUUCUAAUUUUCAUUCCAGACGAUAUUCAAGAACCGUUCGUCCCACUGGUCGAUGGCCUUCUUUUGCCUUAUUCCGAGGCUCUGAACGGCCUCAGAACUGCUUUGGCAGAGAUCCCACGCAUUUUCGCCCCAUCGCGAACGACUGAAACAAUUCUGUUUCCCGUUGUUCAAGCUGGAGUCGAUGCUCUCAAGGUUUGGAUUUUGAAUCGAUUGAAGAACUUGGAAAUAAUGAUUUGUGCAGAUGUAAAAAAUUGAUGAAUUCAACAAAAAGGCUUCAAAUUUUUUUUAAAGAAUAAUUAAUCAAACUUCACAAAGUUUUCCAUUUCCCUUCAAUGUACCGAUACAACAUCCGUGUAACCACCAAGUAUCGGUUUUUCGGGGUUUUCAGAAUCAUUGAACAUAAUCAGUCGAGUAUCACUCAUUUUAUCUUCAAAAAUCAAUUUCCAGUGCGCUGACCGUGCCGGAAAGCUUUUGCUGUUCACGACAUCGAUCCCUGCUUUCGAAGCCCCAGGAAAGCUCAAAUCAAAGAACGAGCGCAAUUUAUUGGGAACCGACAAGGAAAAGACGGCCUUGGUUCCCCAGGACGAGACCUACACGAAAUUGGGCGAAACAUGUGUAAAAAACGGCGUCACGGUACCAUUCUUUCCACCUGUAUAUCCAAAAAAGUGAUCUUCAGGUUGAUCUUUUCUUGUUCCCCAAUGCUUUCAUCGACGUCGCGACCAUCGGCCAAUUGUCAGCAGUUACGGGCGGAAGCGUCUUCAAAUAUCAGUAUUUUUCGGUUUGUUUUAUUUUUUCUUUAACUAUGAUAUGUCCCUUGAAAACGUGCAUUUAUUCGCAUUCAAGUUGUCUUUGUUUUUGCAGAGAAAGUUUUUUUUUCUUUUUGAAACGUUUGUUUUUUCCUUAUUCCGUGGAAUGAACGAGAAUUCAUAAUAAGUAUUCUUUUUACUCAGUUUUAAGUUUUUCUUGAAGUUUCAUUUUUUUUUUUUCAAAUUUUUCGACGAUUCAGUGUUUACUCGUAUUUUAAGCUAUAGAUCAGUUUUAGCGGGUUUUUUGAAAAUAAUGCUCGUAAUUGAGCAAUAAAUAGUUUGUAAAAAGUAGGAAUUGAUAAGAUAAAAGGCUUUGUUUUUUUCUUGUCCUGGGAUUAUCAAGAUACUUGGGUCUUUGAAGAAAACCAAGAUUUUUUUCUUUUCAUAAUCUUAAAAAUCAUAAAUCCUUGCGUUCGUUCGCCGUAAUUAAAACGGACAAACUCAAAAACGAGAAAUUUGUUCUCAGGGUGAAAAAGACGGAAUUCGGCUUUUGAACGAGCUUCAGCAACACGUUUCAAAGAAGAUUGGUUUCGAUUGUAUGGUGCGAGUCAGGUCAUCGGCCGGUUAGUAUUUUUUUCCUAUUUUUUUCUUUUUUUCUUCAUCGUUUGUCCCUGCUCGGUUGCGGAAUCCGCUUUUAAUUUCCCCCUUUCUUCUCAUAAUUAUAAUUUUUUUCCAGGAAUUCGACCAGUCACCUUCUAUGGCUCGUUCUUCAUGGAAAACGCCACCGACUUGGAAAUCGCUUCACUCGAUGAGAGCAAGGUCGAAAAAUGUCUUUGCUGAGAAAUAACUAUCCCUUUUCAGUCUUUCUUCGCUGAGCUCAAGUACGACGAUAAGCUUUCCGAUCCUUCGGCCGUCAUUCAGGUUUUUUUUUUGAAUUGGCCGUCAUAUUUCUUUGUUUAAAAAACAAAAAAGAAAAAGUCGACAUGAACUGUAUAAAAAUUUUCAAAAGAGGUUAACAUAAUUUUUUUUUGGUAGAUUCCAAUGGUUUUUCCAACCGAAUCCAUUUUCUAGACCGCAGUUCUGUACACUUCCACAACGGGUCAACGGCGGCUUCGAAUUUUGAAUCUCUGUCUUCCCGUUUCGAAUGAUUACAAUCAGCUUUACCGAGUCGCUGAUCCUGACGCUUUGACUUCUCUAUUGCUUAAGCAAGGUUUGAACUUUGUUGUCUCGCUUGAAUAAUCAAUUUUUGUUUCUCAAAAAAGACAAUGAGCGUUAGUUUCUUGCUAUGGAUUUUCAUUAAAAAAAAUAGCUUCAUUUCUUUUAAAAAAUUUUCAAAAAUCAUUUUCUAACAUCAAUUAAGACUUCGAACGUUUCUAUCAUCCAUUAAAACAUUGUAUGAAAUAAGUUUUUCAGCUGUCCAAAUAAAUCGGGAGAAAGGCAACAAGGAAAUGCGCGACCACUUGGCCCAAAAGUGUGCUCAGAUCUUGGCUACUUACCGGUUUGUCUAAUCUCUUUUUAAUCCCAAUAAAAUUUUGAUUCAGAGAAAAGUGCAGCGAAUCUGCGCCUUUGGGACAACUUAUCUUGCCGGAAACGCUCAAAUUGAUGCCGCUUUAUAUCAACUCCAUCAUCAAGAACGACGCAAUCAGUGGAGGUUUGUUUUCUCGAAAAAGUAUUUGAGGAAAAUUUGAGAAAGUUCAAUUUCUUCUUUGUUCAGGGAUUUAAGUUUUUGUAGAAUUGGUUCGAAACAAAAAUUGUGUAAUAAUUAGAAAAAGGUAGUUCAGAAAAUCAGGAAACUCCCACUGUUUCUCCAGUUGACGUUCUGAGUAAAACUUGCCUCUACAGGUAGGGAAUUUCAUGAUUUCGCAGACGAUCCUAUCUGAAGACUGAGUAAAAUUUUCUUUUAGACUUUCAAAAAAAUUCUUCCCGCUUUUCAAAAGCUUUUCUUGCAAGCUUAAAAAUUGUUAAAACUUCAAAUAUUUCCUUGGAAACUUCCGAACUUUCAAAUUUUUUAAGGCAGUGAAAUGACGGUUGACGACAAAGUCUGGCAGAUGGAGUUGAUCAGAGCGAUUCGCGUCGAAGACGCCAUGCCGCUCAUCUACCCGAGGUGUCGCUAAUCAUUAUUCAAACCAAUCAACUAUCAAACAGGAUCUACCCCGUCUCGGAUCUUCAAAUCCAGGAACCAUCCGAACUGACCGCUCUGCCUGCUCCGAUCCGCGCCAGUUCUGAAUACCUGGAAAAUUCCAAGGUUUUUAUUCUCUCCUCUUGAUCUUCUAGAUUCAUCCAGUUUCUACAAACUUUUGGUUUUUUUUUCCAAUUUUUUUUGUUCUUACUAAAGUAUUCUCAGAAUGGUGCAGUGUUCAUUGUUCAGAAAAAUUUCGGUUUUUUUAACCUCAGGGAAACAUCUUCCUGUCUGAGAUUAUGAAAUAAUCGCAAACAUUAAAUUGUUUUCCAAAUAAAUUUUCAAACAGUUUCCCCGAAAACUGAAAUGACAUCCAGCCACUUUUCAGGCGUUCGUGAUUGACAACGGCGUCGUGCUGUUCUUGUGGAUCGGCCUCGGCGUUCCCGCAGACUGGGUCCGCGACGUCUUCGGGGUCGACAGCGUCGCUAUGAUCAAUCCCGAAUCGGUAGUUCUUGAAAUGAAAACCAAAUGAAAGGGAGUUUCAGCACGUGAUUCCUGAGAAAGACAACGCGAGGUCAAGGGCUCUUCGACGCCUCAUUCAGUUGCUUCCCAAGGCGAUUCGCACCCGAAGAACCUUCGUCAUCUGCGAAAAGAGCGCCUUGGAGCCCUGGAUGAAGAAAUUCCUCGUCGAGGUGAGCUUUUAUCCAUCUAAAAGUUCGAAAAAAGUAACAUCGUCAAAAGUUCUUUUUAAAUUGAAAAAUUUAUAGUUGAUGCAGAUUGAGAGGUUUCUUUAUAAAUAAUGAAAAAAAUUUUUUUCUUAAACAAAAAGAAUCGUGCGGGAUUUCGAAUGCUCAUUCAAAAAAAUAUGAUAUUCCAGGACAAAGCCUCGCCGACGAGCAUGUCCUACGUCGACUUUUUGUGCUACAUCCACCGCGAAAUCCGCAAUCUUCUAUCCUAA